AUGCCAUCCCCGCCGAAACCAUGGGAAAGAAAUCAAAGUCCUGAUACGGUACCAGCUGUUCCUGCAAGACCGAUGCCUUCUGGUUUCGCGAAUAGAGCCUAUGGUUCCGAUUCCGGAUUUGGUACAACAGGAUAUAAUUCGACAUAUAAUUCAGGAUAUAGUCCUUAUUCUAGUUAUGGUUCAUAUGGAACCCCUUAUAACCGUUAUGGAUCAUAUUCUUCUCCAUAUUCUCGAUAUGGAAGUUAUGGUUCAUAUGGAGGAUAUGGAAGUUCUUAUGGAUCACCUUUCAAUCGUUUCGGUUAUGGUGGGAGAAUGGGUCCUCCAGGUCCAGAUGAGAUGUCACUUACUCAAAGAAUGGAAGCCAGUACAGCAGCUGGUUUUCAUAUGAUUGAGUCAAUCGUGAAUGCUUUUGGAGGAUUUGCACAAAUGUUAGAGUCAACAUUCUUCGCCACUCAUUCUUCAUUUAUGGCAAUGGUUGGAGUUGUGGAACAAUUUGGAAACUUACGUAAUUAUUUAGGACAGGUGUUAAGCAUUUUUGCUUUAAUACGGUGGUUAAAGCACCUAUUUUACAAAAUAAUUGGAAAGAAAGCUCCAGUUAAUCCUGAGGAGUUGAAUCCUAUUCAAUUUGAACAAUUUCAAGAAGGGAAAAAAUAUUCACAUCAUAAUAUUUCUAAUAUUAUGAUUCCCGGAAAAAUUGAUGGAAACAUUAUUCCUAGUAUUGAAUUUUGUAGAGCUUUAUAUGAUUUUAAAGGUGAAUCACCUGUUGAAUUAACUUUAAAACGGGGAGAUAUUAUUGCAAUUUUAAAAAAGACAGAUCCGCUUGGACAACCAUCUCAAUGGUGGAGAGGUCGAUUAAGAAAUGGGGAAAAUGGUUUAUUUCCUUCAAAUUAUGUUGAAAUAAUUAACAAAGGAGAAGACAAUUCAGAGAGUAAUAAUGAAGUUAAGAAAGUAUUAGUCACUUGGUGCGGAGUUAAGGCAAGUGUGGAAAAAUAUUGGACCGUAUACUAA